AUGCCCAUGAUGCGGGCUGCCGGCCCCGAGCCGGGGGAUUGUGCUCGGAGUUGUGCGAGAGUGGAAGAUGCCCUUACUGGUGCUCUCCCCCAGUUUGCCGGUUGGUGGAUUGACACAGUGAGGACCGGCUGUCUUGGGCUGUGCGGCUUGGUGAGACGGCUGGGUACUGAGACGCUGAGAAGCGAGUGUGGUGAGCGCAGCGAGCGCGAUGAGAGUGAGGGCGGCGUUGAGGGCUUGCAAGAAGGCGAGCGCUGGCGUGAGGAUUUUGCCCAACUUCGAUGUGAUUUCAGGCGGCGAUCCAGACGAUUGGAAAAGCUGGAGAACCAAAUGCAUGCAGUGACAUCAAGCUGCAUAGAAGCCCAGCACCACUUGGCCAGCCUCACCCGAGAGCGUGAUUUGCUGAUAGACUGCGUUCAGGAGCUGCUCUUGCUUACUUCAGACGGGCAGGACCUCGCGAAUCGGCAUUGUGCCCCUUUGAAAGCGCGGGUUGCAUGGCAAAGCAGAGAUGCCGAUCCGAAUGAACCGGUAGCCAAAGACGUUGCCACCGGAGGAUCUCAAUCUUGGGCCACGCCUCGUUCGCAAUCUGCGAGGAAUGGCAACUCUGCCCGAGGCUUUCUGAAAGCUCCGCAAGAUUCGAGGAGGGUUCGCUUUGAUGACAAGCUUCAGGAGUCGCCCAGAGUCCCACGGCAGCCGCCAGACAGGUACAGCGCUUGCUCGUUGCAUCGUAAUCCAAUCCUGAAGCAUCGCCCGACCUCAGCAAGCACUGGCACCGGGGCCUCUGCAGUGGACACAAGGAGAUCCGAGCACAGCGCAGAGCAUGAGGCGAUGCAGCAAGACGGGGUGGUCACAGAUGAGCCCGAUGCAAAGCGAGAACUCCAGCCCGGCGAGGGUUCGAAGUGCCCUAGCUCAAAGGACGUCCAGACUCGGCACAGCGCAGAGGCAACAGUGUAA